ACAUGGCGCCGCUUUCGUUCCGCGUCUGUUUUCCGGAAAAAAGGCCGAGUGACGCUCGGCUCUCGCUCGGCUCCGCGAAGUCGUUGUAUGUAAACAAGGUCAAGUUCUCGCCGCAGCGCUCGUUCUCCUCAGACUCGCUGGACGACUUUCUCCGCGGAGGGACUCAUCCUGCGGCACGGCACGUCUCUUACAGAAAACCUUUCCCGUCCUCGUUUCCUGUCUUGGCUGUAGUUAUUUCCUCCGGUGAAGGACUUCUGUGGGCAGCAGCCACCAUGAUGCAGUGUCUUCAGUUCCUGGUCGAACCUACCAAGAAUGUUACGGAGAAGUUUAAGGAGUUUCGUAAGAAGGUGAAAAAUGAGAAGAGAGAACCGCUGGACGAGAGCCAGCUGUUCAUCGUCAACCUGGCCAAGGAUCUGGGACGUGUGUGUCAGAGGUCGGAGGUGUUAGAGAACAUCUCAAAGAGUGAGGAUGUGUGGCCCACCCUCAGCUGCAGGGCCUUCAUUCUGGAGUGGGCGUCGCUGCUAGAGAGCAAGAAAAGACCGAUGCUGACUGAUGGGUGGCCAGAGAGAAGCGACUGGAAGGAUCUGGCUCUGAGCAGCGAGAAGGAUAUCGAGAGCGCCAAGAGGGUCAUUCUCACCUGGACCAAAGACUUGAGGGCCCAACCCGAGCAAAGUGUGUGGCCUGGAGAGCAGGUGGUGGCGGCUCUGGAUGACUUCGAGAAUCACUGGAAGAAAGGUCGGAUGGCCACCCUGCAGUCGGCCAUGGAGCUGGUGUUCUGGAUGCUGGUCAACAAAGAACUAGACAAGGAGAACGUUCCUCAAAAGUGGCUGAUGUGGAAACAGAGGAGCCAAAAAAUAGGUGCCACCCCGUACGUUCCUCACGUAGUGUGGGACUGGAUCAGUGAUGCAGGAGUGGAGGUGACCCUUGACCUGGACACGGCCAACCCUGACCUGCUGAUCUCCGAGGACGAGAAGCGCAUGCGCUGCGGGUUCGAGCGCAAAGACGUGCCCAACUACCACCAGCGCCUCGACGGCUGGUGGUGUGCGGUGGGAACCGAAGGCUUCGCCUCUGGCCGCCAGUACUGGGAGGUGGACGUGGGAGAAAUGGACUGGCGCAUCGGCGUGGCCAGAGAGUCCGCCUUGCGUAAGGGCUUCAAGUCCCUGAACACCCACACCGGCUACCUGACGCUGCGGCUGGAGCGCGGCACGGAGCUGAAGGCCCUCACCGUGCCCUUCACCGGCCUCCCGGCCGCCUUGAUUCCUCGAAAGGUCGGCGUCUACCUCGACUACGACCAGGGCCAGCUGUCCUUCUACGACGCGGAGAGCCGCUCCCACAUCUUCACCUACAACGAGACAUUUGACGAGAAGCUCUUCCCGCUCUUCGGGACGGUGGAGAUCGUGAAAGACCUGGUGAUCAGAUCCCCCGGGAACAGGAGCCAGUGCCUGUGUCCCGGCAUGUGCCUGUGGGGUUGAGACCCAAACGAACCCAAGCGGAGCCCAGUGCUUAAUCUCUAGAGCAGUGGUUUUCAACUGGAGCUUAAUAUGUCACAAAUGCAAGCGUUUUGCCAAGUAUGGGAUUUUUUUGAAGCGAUUUAAGCCAUGAGCCGAACCGAGCAACCAAAUUUUAGUAGCUUGAGAGCAUUUGUGAGCGGUAGUAGUGGGUGGGUGAUAAAGAAUUAUUUAGCUUUUUUGAGUUCCCUGAUCGGUGGAGAGUAACGAUGGGUAACGUUGUUCAAAAAUUCACAAAACGGUUAAAAAACCUUUUUUCAGCCAAUACCAUUCCAAUUAAUAUAACUGUACUCUGAGAACAUUCUCGUUACGCUGUGAAAAUGUUCUCCGAAACACAGGGUUAUGUGAAGAAAGUUAGAGAAGACAUUAAAGGAACGCUACACUUUUUUUUGGAAAAAGGCUCGUUCUCCAGCAUCCCUCAGAGUCAGAGUUGAUUUUUACAGUUUUUGAAUCCAUUCAGGAGAUCCGCUGCAGGUCUGGCCAUAGCACUUUUAGCAUAGCUUAGCAUAGAUCAUUGAAUCCAAUUAGACCAGUAGCGUCGCGUUCAAAAAUGACCAAAAACUUUCCUCCGGUCCUGCUGCACGAUAUAACUACAGAAGAGUCAGGUUUCAAAUGAGAUAAAUAGCGAUGCUACUGGUCUAAUUGGAUUCAAUGAUCUAUGCUAAGCUAUGCUAAAAGUGCUAUCGCCUUCGAUUUAUUAACACUGAGGGAUUUGGAGAAUGAGCCUUUUGGCUCAAAAGGACGGAGCGUUCAUUUAAGGGAGCAUUCCAUUUGAUCAUUUUGCAAACAUUAUGGCAAUGACGCUUUUUUUAAAUGUUCUCGAAGCCAUCUGAAACUAUAAGAAGCAGCAAUUAGAUGAACAUCCAUUGUUCAGAAAAACAGUCUAUACAUAAUGUUUUGAGAACAUUAUUAAAGUCCAGAUGAUUUAAACCAGCAUUCUAUUAAUGUUACUGGAAGUACAUUUGCUCACAACUUCUUGGUAACAUUUCCUGUUAGCUGGCAUGCUAAUGAUUUAGCGAAAGAUUGAGCCUUAGCAGUUUAUAGUAAGAUUAAGAUGUUUGUGUAUUUGAGGCUGAGGACUAGUUUUGGCAAUAAAGAAGUGUUCACUUGAUCUAAAAUGUGGGCCCUGGAGCAAAACCAGUUGAGAACCAGUGUUCUAGACCACAUUAGCAUUAGAGAAACCACUGGGCCAUAUUAGCUGGUCAGUUCGUAGUGAUUGAUAGUGAUCCAUAGCAUUCACGACCAGUACUUCCAUCGAGGUAGUGUAGGAUCUCUUUCAGCUGCUGCUUCUGUGGUGUUUCUGAACCUGCUGCUGUCUGCACCUUAUUAUAACACAGUGUUCGCCUGCUCUGUCUGCACUUUCAUAUUCAUCUGACAAAACUCAAAUCAUGACAUGAAAUGCACUUUAUGUGAAUAAUAAAUCAAAGUAAGUUCAA